CUCGGGACGGCAGUGGGACUGGCGGGCGAGAGUGAAAGGCAGACUGCUCGGCGGAGCAGCCCGGCCGCUGGAGUCGCUGCGCUGGAGGAGCCCGGUGAGUGAGCGGCGCUGCCGACCGCCGGAGGCAGCUGGAACCGCAGCAGCGACCGGGCUGCGGGGAAAAGGCAGCCGAUUCCGCUCCCGCUUCCACUCCCUGCCUUUGCACCCAGGCUUGUGUUAUCCUUAAAGCCCCCCUUGGCGCUUUGCUCUCUUAUGCUUAGAAAUUGCGGCUCAGAAUUGACUUCUGCAUAUUCCUUCCCAGGCAAACAGCUGGUCCAUCAUCCCGGCAGUAACUGCACUUCAGAAAGAAUUUUGAUUGAAAAACAAGUUGGAACAUCCUGUGGCGGUGAGAGGCAGAACAUAAAUGCUCCUUGGAUUAACAUAAGAGCAGUGUCCGCAAGCGGUGCUUUUUACUGGAUGUGCAGCAGAAACUGUGAAGCUUUGGGAAGUGGGCGCAUUGAAAUGAAUUUGUUUGAUUGAUGGAGCCCUGUUGAGCACAGAUAUCGAGCUGAAGCUGCUUCCAGGAGCCAGGGAGACGGAAGAGAAGAAAGGCAAGCUCACCAUCUGGUUCAAGUCCCACUUCAGAGAUACGAACACUAGAAAUCUAGGCUGACAGUCCAGUCGAGGAUCAAGGGAGUACCACACAGCUUUCUGCAGAUUCCAGGGUCCAAAGGGACUUGUAUUCCAGUAGUCCUGUGCUUUGAGUCUGGAAAAUGCCAGGGAUGAAGUCAAGUCGAAGAAGCAGUAGCACUGCACUCCUUCUCCUUCUCACCCAUCUGGUUGCCGCACUGGAAGUGCCUCUUGAUUCAAAAAUUCUGGAUGAACUGCCGCAGCCCCCUACAAUUACGCACCAGUCUCCAAAGGAUUACAUCAUAGAUCCCAGGGAUAACAUCCUGAUCCAAUGUGAGGCCAAAGGGAAGCCAGCUCCCAGGUUUUCGUGGACACGCAAUGGAACCCAUUUUAACAUUGACAAAGACCCUCGAGUGAUGAUGAAGCCCAACUCCGGGACUCUGCUGAUUGACAUCGUGGGUGGGGGGAAGGCAGAAGCGUAUGAAGGGGAGUAUCAGUGUACAGCAAGAAAUGACCGCGGCACAGCUGUCUCCAACAAGAUCGUCAUCCGGCAGUCCAGGUCACCCAUGUGGGCCAAAGAGAAGAUUGAGCCAAAAGUAGUCCAAGAAGGAGCUUCGCUGGUUCUCCACUGUGAUCCACCAUCAGGCCUGCCUCCACCCAUCAUCUUCUGGAUGGAUAACUCAAUGCAGAGGUUUACACAGGAUGCUCGAGUUUCACAGGGUCUUAAUGGAGACCUGUAUUUCUCAAACGUUCAACCAGAGGACACCCGGGCAGAUUAUAUCUGCUAUGCCAGAUUCAACCACACUCAAACUAUACAACAGAAGCAGCCAAUCUCUGUCAAGGUCAUGACACUGGGCACGAUCAAUGAGACUUACGGAGUUUACCCCAAUGGCACUGAGCUGUACGGUGACAGCCCUGCAGGUGAGCGAAGACCCAGCAUCCUCACCCCCAGGGGUACAAGCAGCAGGAAGACUGUGCUGAGAGGACAAGUCCUGUACUUGGAGUGCAUCGCUGAAGGCCUGCCAACACCAGUGAUCCAUUGGACAAAAGAAGGGGGAGAACUGCCUGCCCACAGAGCCUUUGAAAUCAAUUUUAAGAAGACCCUGAAAAUCAUUCACGUAUCGGAGGCAGAUGCAGGGAAAUACCGAUGCACUGCAAAGAAUUAUUUGGGAACCAGUUCGCAUGUCAUCGUGGUUACAGUCAAAGCCGCACCGUACUGGAUCAGUGAGCCAAAGAACCUGGUCCUGGCUCCUGGGGAAGAUGGGAGACUGAUCUGCAGAGCUAAUGGCAAUCCCAAGCCUGCCAUCCAAUGGCUGGUCAACGGUUUUCCCAUUGAAAAUGCCCCGAGUGACAUCAGCAGGGAAAUAAUGGAAGACACCAUCAGCUUCACCAAGGUCCAGACCUCGUCCAGUGCCGUUUACCAGUGCAACGCUUCGAAUGAGCAUGGAUACCUGUUGGCAAACGCUUUUGUCAAUGUACUCGCUGAGACACCCAGAAUGCUUUCUGAACCUGACCAGGUUUAUCAGGUAAUUGCCAACAAGCCUGCACUACUGGACUGUGAAUUUUUUGGAUCACCAAUACCUCAGAUUCAAUGGUUCAAGGAUGACCAAGGCAGUGUGCUCCAUGGUGACUCUUACAUUGUGCAUGAAAAUGGCACUCUGGAGAUUGCCUUUGCACAGAAGAAUGACAGUGGUACCUACACCUGUAUAGCAACCAAUACUCUUGGUGUGGUCCAAAACCAAGCCACUCUGCAGGUCAAAGAUCCGACGACCAUCAUUAAACAGCCGCGAUAUCAGUCCGUGCAGACACUGGGCACAGCCGUCUUCGAGUGCAAGGUGAAGCACGACCCAACACUCUCACCAACAAUCAUAUGGCUGAAAAAUAAUGAGGAACUGCCUGAUGACAACAGGCACCGGGCAUCGGGUGAUGUCUUGACCAUUCUUGAAGUAUCUGAAGAAGACCAAGGAUCCUACACAUGUGUGGUGAACACCACGCUGGACACCAACUCUGCAACAGCUCACCUCACCGUCCUAGCCCGUCCCUCAACUCCAGCUAGUCCUCACGAUCGUCCCGAUCCACCGACAGACCUGGAAUUAACCAAUCCUCGAGACAGGAGCGUGCAGUUGUCAUGGAUACCAGGAGAGGAGCACAACAGUCCCAUUACAAAGUUCCUCGUUGAAUAUGAAGAGGAUCAGUUUGAACCUGGACUGUGGCGACAUCUGGCUGAUGUGGAGGGGACACAAACCACGGCGGAGCUGCAGCUCUCACCCUUCGUAAACUACGUAUUUCGGGUUGUUGCUGUCAAUGAAAUCGGCAGAAGUGAGCCGAGUCUCCCAUCUGAGCACUACUUCACACAGCCAGCAGCUCCUGAUGAAAAUCCCUCAGGAGUUCAAGGACUGGGAACUGACCCCAAUAAUCUUGUGAUAACGUGGGAGCCUUUGAAAGGUGUCCAACACAACGGACCAGGCCUGACGUAUAAAGUCAGCUGGAGACAGAAGGUUGGUGACGAUGAGUGGACCUCGGUGAUGGUCGCCAACGUUUCCAAAUACGUUGUCUCAGGAACACCAGAAUUUUCUCCCUACGAGCUGAAAGUGCAGGCGUUCAACAGCUUCGGAGCUGCUCCGGAGCCUGAGAUUGUGAUCGGAUACUCUGGAGAAGACUUGCCGAUGUUGGCUCCCAGCAAUGUGCGAGUCCACAUUGUCAACAGCACACUGGCAAAGGUACACUGGGAUCCAGUUCCGCCAAAAUCUGUCCGCGGAUUCCUCAAGGGGUAUAAGAUCUAUUACUGGAAGCAAGGGAGUCUCAUCAAAAGGGGCAAACGGCACACAGAGGUGAAGAUUCUGACCUUUAGUGGAGACAAGAGCCACGGCAUGUUGCCUGGGUUGGAACCGUUCAGUGUUUAUAAACUCAAUGUUCGAGUCUUCAAUGGGAAAGGAGAAGGUCCCCCAAGUGCGGAUGUGACACUAAAAACUCCUGAGGGAGUUCCCAGUUCGCCAGCGUACUUGAAGAUUACCAGCCCAAUGCUUGACUCCCUGACUCUGCAGUGGGGCCCACCACUUCAUCCAAAUGGCAUUCUCAAAGGAUACACACUCAAAUACCAGCGCAUUAACAGCACACAUGAGCUGGGCCCUCUGGUGGAGAUCACAAUCCCUGCAGAAAAUGAGACCAGCUGGACCCUGAGGAAUCUCAACUACAGCACCCGCUACAAGUUCUAUCUCAGCGCCUUUACCCGUGUGGGACCUGGCAGCGAGUUAACAGAAGAGGCUAUUACAGUGAUGGAUGAAGUGACUCACCAAACCACGCCUGGGGAGGGCAAAGGAAUAUCUUCAACAUCUCCAUUACUGAAAACAGAUAUAAUAAUCCCAGUUGAUAAAACAAUGAAGGUCAUGGUCCUUCGUCCAGUAAUUACGAACAUUACCUCAUCUUCAAACCAUGCAAAUAUCAGUUGGGAGUUUGACCGAAUGGAUAUGCACUUUUAUGUUGAAUAUAAGAUAGCUGACAGUAAAGAGCCUCUGGACAAAAUGCAGAUAAAUGCCUCGCAGACCUUCUUUGUACUAAAGGGCUUGUUGCCGGGGACAGUUUACAGAGUGCGAGUGGUUGCCGAGAGCCAGGCUGGCCAGUUGCGGAGUAAGGACGAGCGGUUUGAGACCCGUCCACCAGCCAUGGCAAGCCGUCAGGUAGAUAUUGCCACCCAGGGUUGGUUCAUUGGUUUGAUGUGUGCCAUCGCCCUUCUGAUCCUGAUCCUCCUGAUUGUCUGCUUCAUCAAAAGGAAUAAAGGAGGCAAAUACCCAGUGAAGGAGAAGGAAGAUGCUCACGCAGAUCCCGAGAUUCAGCCCAUGAAAGAGGAUGACGGAGCCUUCGGUGAAUACAGUGACACAGAGGACCAUAAACCACUUAAAGGUAGCCGGACACCUUCUGACGGGACGGUUAAGAAGGGCGUGAGUGAUGACAGCUUGGUUGACUACGGUGAAGGUGGGGAAGGGCAGUUCAACGAAGAUGGCUCUUUUAUUGGACAGUACAGCGGGAAGAAGGAAAAGGAAACGGUGGAGGGCAACGAGAGCUCCGAAGCCCCAUCCCCAGUCAAUGCCAUGAACUCCUUUGUCUAACACAAGGGGAGGCUGUGGAAUCAUCCAACACCCCAUGCACCAAUAAAUCGUAGAGUUUAUCCAUUUACACUUUAUCUCCUGACUUGUCAUUACAUGCACGUUCAGAAAUAAAGGAAUGAUUGGAAGUUAGUGCCUAAAUAUUCAGAGUGUACAGAUGAACAAAAUAAAAGGAGGGAAAACCUAAUAUGAGUUUUCGGGAAUGAAGCUGAAGAGAGAAGGGAUUGGGAAUUAUUGAACACUAAUCUGGAACAGAAGUUCAUCUACUGUGUGUAUAGCAUUCAACUUGGCACAUCAUUUGUUGGAUUCCACUUCUUCGUGUCCUCUUGGUUUGCGCUAACAUAGUGCAUGAGAACAACGUGUAUCUCACUGCCACCUAAGAUAGAUGAGUGUAUGCUGUGAUGACAGUGGUCUGUAUAAUAUUUGUUUAUAAAGUGCACAGUGCAGUGACUGAAAAUGAACCUCGUUUUGUCGUCAGUGUUCGAUUGGUAUUCUAGAGCUCGCCAAUGUCGGUGGGACAUUGUUGUGAAGGUGGUAAUGACUUUUCUUUGAAUGUAUAACAACUGUUUGUGUCUUUUUUGCAGGACAGCAAAAAAAAGGGAGGGGGGUUGAUUGUAUUGGAUCCCAGUGGACGACUUAAAAUGGAAUGUUUUGGGAUGGUAACCGAGCCUCUUGUUUGUACCAUAAUGUUGUAGUUCCUGUUCUAUCAAGGGAGAUAACAAGAGGGAAUACUUUAUCCAAUUAUGAGAGAACUGCAAAGUUCUUAUAUCACCACACUGAUGGGCACAAUUCACACACUAUUGAUAUGAGCACAUUAAACCUCUCAAAGCCUUACAUGCCUUUCUAUGUAAAUUAAACCUGGCCACUUGUUACACAAAUAUUCUAACGCAAGGGUGCCACACACCACAAUUCAAUAUGGCAUUUGCCUGCCAUUUCUUCUUGUUAUUAUCGUUAGUUUUACUGCCUUCUAAGAUCCAAAUUGAAAGAAAAAAAUUAUAGGUGUGGCCUCUCUUUUUAAACUAAAAGUAAUUUUUUUUUGUUCUAUCCAAAUACUUUGUGGGGUGUUAGUUGUAAAACACAGGGAUUAAAUGAAUUGGGAUUACAAACUCUUGGUUGCAAGAACGUUGUUUGUUUGCCAUUUUCUUUCCUUCAUAACUUGCAUCAAGUUCAAUUAAGCUUCUUUUUGUUGUAGAUAUUGUGUUGUAUUUUGUAAAUAUGCUUUGACUUGUCAAUACUGCAGGCUUCUAGGUUGCUCCAGUGCAGCUCGGUUUGCCUUGUGUAUGAAGUGAAAUAUUGUCAAUCGAGUGUAUGGGAUUUAGCGGUAGGGUUGCCAACCCUGCAGUGUUUUCCUUCAGUCUCCAAUGAUUAAAUAUGAAUCUAUUGUAUUAAUCUGCUGUAUUAACCUUCUCCGUGUUCAAUGAGGUAGAAGAUCAACAUGAUCUUAUUGAAUGGUGGAGCAGGUACAAGAGCCUGAAUGGCCUACUCCUGCUUCUACUUCUUAUGUUCAGUGGAUCAUUCUUUGCCAUUUUUACCACUCGCAGCAUCAUGUCACCAUCAAUCACAUCUCUUUCAGCUUCCCAAAGGGAUUGGUCCCUCCAGGACACCGGUGGUCCACUCCUCGAUCACACCUAACACCACUUUAGUUUCACACAGCAUCUUUUCUUACAGGUGAUGCAAUUCCUGUCCUUUUGCCCCUCAUUACCUAUUGUCCAGGGUGCCCAACACUCUUCCUAGCUGAAACGGAGAUUAAUUUCUGCAUUGUACACAGUGCAAACUCUGCAACAUCAGGAAGACCAAACCCAGUCUGAGUGACUGAUUCUUGAAGCACUUCUGUUGCAUCCACAAAGUGCAACUCAAACUUCUGAUCACCUGUUACUUUACUUCCCUGCUCCACUACCGCUCCAGUCUCUCUGACCUUGGCCUCCUGCACCAAUGAAGCUCAAUCUAAGCUUGAGGAUCAACAACUCAAUUUCUGAUUAAGCACUUUACUCCCUUUCAGACUCAACACCAAAUUUAAUGAUUUCAGGUGAUAACAUUUCAUUGUAAAUUGCAGUUGGUUCAGCUUUUUCCAUCUCCAUUUCCAUUUGCCUCACCUAUUAUCACUUCCUGUCCCAUUCUCACCCUCUUGUCACAUCUCUUCCCUUUCACAUCACAAACAUUUCCCUUUUCACCUCCCAAGCCACCAACAAUCCUCACAAAACUUGUUUAUAUCCAACUUCUUCCAUUUCUGAUGAAGGGUCAUCAACCUGAAAUAUUAGCUCUGUUUCCCCCUCCACGGACACUGACAGACCUGCUGAGCAUCUCCAAUGCUUUCUCUUUGUAUUUAACCUCCUGGUCAGUGCUGAAGCAACACCCAGGAGGAAAUCAUUGGGAUUCCAUCAAGAAUGUCAUUUUAAUGUUUUAGUUUACUUGUUGUAAAAAUAUGGGUGAAUAUGGGGUAUUCUGGGUACAUGGAGCGUUUGGGGUCUGAAGCCCAGGGGAAGAAAUCUCCAAAAAUCUAACAGUUUGUUUAAGAGUUUUAUUCUCUCACUGUAUUUUCUGCUGCUGAUUUGUAACGCUGCAAACUCACUGGCUGUGGAGUAAUCUGUUUUUAACUAACUGGGAUAUCUCACUUCCAAGAUUUCAUUCUGCUUCUCUGGGAACUGCUUACAGUGUGGGAGAGGCUAAUUUUCACUCCUUAUUCAAAAUAGCUGCUGUUUGCAAAAUGCCUCUUUUAAAAAGAAAAGUAAUUGUUUUGGGAGCUAUCAAUUUUUUUUCUCCUCCCAGUUUACUUAUGGGAUGGGGCGGGAGCCAGGAAACAGUCCACGGGACAUCUUGGCAGAUUCGACAUGGUAAUGGGUGUCCUUUGUGAGACUUGUUAAUGAGACUGGUGGAACAAAGUUAAUUCUGAGCACUGGUGAUGUGGAUGUGAGAUUUCUCUUUGCAUGGGAAGGCAUGCAGCCAGAUGGGAAGGUAUCUGCUAUGCCUCGUUGCUCUGUAUCACCAGUAAGAGUUUACUGAUUUUGUAUUGGAAAAAAGAAACAAAUGGGAAAAUAAAUGUGCUCUAGACUUUCA